AUGCCAGGCGAAGCACCCAUACCUCCGUACUGUGUUCGUUGUCGUCGACAAGAUGUAUGGCGUAUAGAACUACGACAAUGCCAGCACAGGUUAUGUGUAGCGUGUGCAAUAGUACAUCUAAAAUACUGGAUUGGUACACAGCACAAGGCACGUAUCAAAUGCGCGGAACGAUCGUGUCCAGUGCGAAUACACGAGAACGAUAUCGAUGCACUGCUGGACGCUAGUAACGAGGAUCUGAAUGCGUACAUGCCGUGCAGUGAACGUGAACUACUUCUUUACAAACAUCGUAAACAAUCAAUUGAAUACGCAUUCGGUGGUCAAACGAAACGAUGUCCUCUCUGCAAGUCAAUGUAUGCUGAAUACGACGGGUGUCGUUAUGUGGAAUGUGUGAAUUUGAGAUGCUUGCAAAAAUUUUGCUGGAAUUGCAAUGAACCGAUAAAUUCCUAUCAACAUUUUGCUUUGCAUGGAUGUAAAGUUGGUUGGUUGGAUGUGUGGAAGAUAAGUUAUUUGCCGAGAUUCUUUAUAGUCACCGAAGGAUGUAUUCUGUUCAUGAUUGCACCAAUUGUUUUACCAGCAUUUGCUUAUUUGUCACCAUUUGUCAUCACUUUUUUGUUCGCAUAUUAUUCCACCUCUUGGAUACGACAAAAACUACGCCAAAAAAACUGGGCGCCCUAUCUGAUAACAUUGACUGUUGCGUUACUCUUUCCGGUUCUAAUGGUUGUUGCGAUACCGCUUGCAUUCGGUGCGUACAUUUUCAUAUUUCCGUUUAGUUUUACUUACGCGGUUAUGACAGCAUUCAAAAUGAUACCUUUUGUGUCAAAGAUAUUCGAUGCUUACUCGUUGAUUGGAACAGCACUCUCGUGCGUUGGCUUGAAUGACUGGGGCACGUUAGUACGUGAAAGCAGAGAGGCUAAGCGUCUUGAAGAGGUGAAACGCAAGCAAAAAGAACUCGAGAAAAGCGAGCGUCCGAAUGGGGAGGAAGACGACGAAGAUAAGGAUCUAGAACAAGGUGAAGCCGCACCAAAAUUCUCAUUAACGAACCCGAUGGAGUUAUUG